AUGUCGGGCCAAGAUUAUUACAACCAGAACUAUAACCAGGGUGGCUACCCUCAGCAGGGCUACGGCCAGCAGGGCGGCUACCCUCAGCAGGGUUACGGUCAGCAGGGCGGCUACCCUCAGCAGGGCUAUGAGCAGCAGCAGCAGCAGGGUUAUGGUCAGCAGGGCUAUGGCCAACAGGGCUACGAGCACCAGAACUACAACCAGCAGGGCCAGGGUAGCUCCGGUGACUACUACGGUGGUCAGCAGCAGCACCAGCAGCAGCAGGGCCAGUACGGCCAACAGGACUACAACCGCGAAGAGGCUCCAGGACAGGCUCAGGAUGGUGAGCGUGGCCUCGCCGGCGCUCUCGCCGGUGGCGCCGCCGGCGCUUACGGCGGUCACAAGGUCAACCAUGGUUUCCUCGGCACCAUUGGCGGUGCCAUUAUCGGCAGUCUCGCGGAAGACGCUGUCAAGAAGCACCGUCACCGCGAUGAGGGCCCCCCUGGUCCCCCCGGCCCCGGCGGUCCCGGCGGCCACUAUGGCGGCCCGCCUUCCUAUUCCGGUUCCGGCAGUGGCAUGAUGGACCAGCUCGGUGGUUUCUUCAAGAAAUAG